AUGUGUCGUCCGCUUAUCAAGGCUGCUGGGGGCCCUACGCGCGCUGGAAUACGCCUUUUCUGGCGAGGUAGAGCGCUCACUGGCAAGCUGACAGGGCGAGUGGGCCACAUACCACAAGAUCAGCAUCCCAAACAUCCCUUUCGAGUAAAAGAAGACCUCAGCGCUCACGGUACUGAACGUCUCUCAGCGCCCAAUAGCCUGGAUCGAACGUGA